AGAUACCUACAGGGCUCAGCAUUCCAGGACAAAAACUGCCAUCCUUACAUUCUCACAGCUCAAUGUUACUUAUUUGUCACAGUGUGACAGAUAAAUAACAGAAUUUGUGUUUGUAUGUAGUCUCAUAUGUCUUGUGCUUUAAAUGAAAUUCACGUCCCAGAAGGCAUCCUGGCCACUGGUUAGGUUUUUGCUAACUUUUAAAAUUCUUUUAAGUUGAACAAAGUGCCAGAGUUUACAGCCCUGUGCUAUACUUCCUGAUACGGUCAAUUUAAAACCCUUCAGCUCCAACAUAAAACUCCGAGUCCCAUGUGCUGAGAAACAGGCUGGAUGCCUUCCAAAUACUUCUGAAAAACAUCUUGGAAAGAAAAUGAGCACUUUGCUUGGAAUUCAGCUGUUCAAGGCUGCUAUCUGGCAAGCACUGAACCACUACGCGUACCGCGAUGCCGUGUUCCUCGCAGAAAGGUUAUAUGCAGAAGUACACUCAGAAGAAGCACUGUUUUUACUGGCAACGUGUUACUACCGCUCAGGAAAGGCCUACAAAGCUUACAGGCUCCUAAAGGGACACAGCUGUACCACCCCACAGUGUAAAUACCUGCUUGCAAAAUGUUGUGUGGACCUCAGCAAGCUUGCAGAAGGAGAGCAGAUCUUGUCUGGUGGAGUGUUGAAUAAACAGAAAAGCCAUGAUGACAUUGUUAUGGAGUUUGGUGACUCUGCAUGCUUUACACUCUCCUUACUGGGACAUGUCUACUGCAAGACAGACCGGCUUGCCAAAGGAUCAGAAUGUUACCAAAAGAGCCUUAGUUUAAAUCCUUUCCUCUGGUCCCCUUUUGAAUCACUAUGUGAAAUAGGUGAAAAGCCAGACCCUGACCAAACAUUUAAAUUAACAUCCUUACAGAACUUCAGCAGCUGUCUGCCCAACACUUGCACAACGUUGGUGUCUAAUCAUAACAUAUCCCACAGACAGCCUGAGAGUGUCCUCAUGGAGACACCCCAGGACACAAUUGAGUUGAACAGAAUCAACCUAGAAUCCUCCAAUUCAAAGUAUUCCUCCUUGAAUUCGGAUUCUUCCAUGUCUUACAUUGACUCGGCCGUGAUUUCCUCGGAUUCUGUCCCUCUGGGGUCAGGAACUGCCAUAUUGUCCAAACAGGCUCAAAAUAAACCAAAAACUGGACGGAGUUUGCUGGGGGGACCUGCAUCUUUGAGCCCCCUAACUCCAAGCUUUGGAAUUCUGCCACUAGAAACCCCGAGCCCUGGAGAUGGAUCCUAUUUACAGAACUACACCAACUCCUCCUCUGUAAUUGAUGUGCCAUCCACUGGAGCACCUUCAAAGAAGAAACUCUGUGUUGUGCAGACUGUCAGCAGGAUCAGCCAGGCUGGAACAAAAUCUGUCUUCUCCCAGAGUGGGAAUAGCCGGGAAGUCACUCCAGUUCUUGUUGCACAAACACAGAGCUCUGGUCCACAGACAAGUACAACACCUCAGGUAUUGAGCCCAACCAUUGCUGCUCCACCCAACGCGCUGCCUCGACGAAGCUCUCGCUUAUUCACCAGUGAUAGUUCUACAACCAAGGAAAAUAGCAAAAAAUUAAAAAUGAAGUUUCCACCUAAGAUUCCAAACAGAAAAACAAAAAGUAAAACAAAUAAGGGAGGAAUAACUCAACCAAACUUAAAUGACAGUUUGGAAAUUACCAAACUGGACUCUUCCAUCAUUUCAGAAGGGAAAAUUUCCGCUGUUGCACCACAAAUCCAAGCUUUCACGCUACAGAAGGCAGCAGCAGAAGGUUUGAUGAGCCUUCUCCGGGACAUGGGGAAAGGUUAUUUAGCCUUGUGCUCGUACAACUGCAAAGAAGCCAUCAAUAUUUUGAGCCAUUUGCCAUCCCACCACUACAACACAGGCUGGGUGCUGUGCCAAAUUGGGAGAGCUUAUUUUGAGCUGGCAGAAUACAUGCAGGCUGAGAGAAUAUUUUCAGAAGUGAGGAGGAUUGAAAACUACAGAGUAGAAGGCAUGGAAAUCUAUUCAACCACACUCUGGCAUCUGCAGAAAGAUGUUGCCCUUUCAGUUCUUUCUAAGGAUUUGACAGACAUGGAUAAAAACUCACCAGAGGCCUGGUGUGCUGCAGGAAACUGCUUCAGCUUGCAAAGGGAGCACGACAUUGCCAUCAAGUUCUUCCAGAGGGCCAUCCAGGUGGAUCCAAACUAUGCCUAUGCCUACACCCUGCUGGGCCACGAGUUUGUGUUGACAGAAGAACUGGACAAAGCUUUGGCCUGUUUUAGAAACGCCAUCAGAGUCAAUUCCCGGCACUACAAUGCCUGGUACGGGUUGGGAAUGAUUUAUUACAAACAGGAGAAAUUCAGUCUGGCAGAAAUGCAUUUCCAGAAAGCCCUUGAUAUCAACCCUCAGAGCUCAGUCCUGCUGUGUCACAUUGGAGUAGUCCAACAUGCACUGAAAAAAUCUGAGAAGGCUUUGGACACUUUGAACAAAGCAAUCAACAUUGACCCCAAGAACCCACUAUGCAAAUUCCAUAGAGCCUCGGUGUUAUUUGCAAAUGAGAAGUACAAGUCGGCUUUACAAGAACUUGAAGAACUGAAACAGAUUGUUCCCAAAGAGUCUCUUGUUUACUUUUUAAUAGGAAAGGUUUAUAAAAAGCUGGGUCAGACACAUCUGGCCCUAAUGAAUUUCUCCUGGGCAAUGGACCUGGAUCCCAAAGGAGCCAACAACCAGAUCAAGGAGGCCAUUGACAAGCGUUACCUGCCCGAUGACGAGGAGCCCAUCACGCGCGAGGAGCAGAUCAGUGAAUGUUACCCCUACGAGUCAGUGGGCACAGACGAGUCCCAGGAGAGCAGCAUGACGGAUGCGGAUGACACGCAGCUCCACGCCGUGGAAAGUGAUGAAUUUUAACCUCCAAGAGCCAGUGUCUGAGCUUGAGUGUGUGUGACUGGUACUGUCGUGUUCUCCCCUUCCUUGGCAUCCUGGCUUCUACAUCUCUGAGCCAGCACUGUCGUUGUUCUCCACUGACACCACGAGUGCACCUCAGACCUGAACUUAGCAGAGUUCAUGGCAGUUCCAGCUGCUGCUGAGUCUGACUAGCUGGCUCUUACACACUUACAGCAGUGACUGAGGAGAAAAUGCUGGUUUUGGACUCCCCCUUGCUGGAAAAAUAUAUCAUGGAAGACAGACUUGUGGUUUGCUGUAUGGAAGCCAGUAGAUGUGGGGAUAGUACUAAUGAGGUGUCUUGUUCUUUCUCCAGAAAUGUGUCUUAGUUUGGGUCUUUCUUGGUAAGCAGAGUGCUGAACCUCAUUUCCAAGUUCUCCAAGGACAGUGUUGACAAACAGGCUGUUCAAGACUUUUGCAUAUUGUAGUGUAACUUAAAUGCCAGGGAGUGUCAAUGACCUUAAAGCUGCAGUGUCUCCAGUGAGCAACCAGGACUGGGCGUGUGUCAGGCCACGUGAAACACCCCUGUCCCUGCCCAGAGUGCAACUGCAGGAGAAUUGCAUUGCAGGAUCAGAGCUUUCAUCAAAUGCUUUCAUGUUCUAACCAUGAGUUAAUUUAUUCACCCGGUUUUGGAAAGGUCAGUGUUUACUUUGUAUUUCUGUCAGCACCACCUUGCUUCAUUUUUCAUGCACCCCUUGACUUGUUCUUCCCCUUUGAAGAAUAAAAAUUAAUAAAGGGAAAAAUCAAGAGAGAAAUGUAGAUACAAGUGUAAUGUGAAACAUCAAACCCUUAAUCCUGUGAAAGUGGGAAGACUGGAAGCCUUAAUACAAUCAGAACCUUGGUCAAAUGCAUCAAAUAAUUGUCUCAGAUCAGUAUCUCCAGUCUGGUAUCACUUUGAAAACCAUUUUGUAAAGUGUGGUCCAAGCAGGAUGCAAAAAUGUGCAAUUAUCUGUCUUUUUUCCUUAUUUUUUUAAGCUGUUCUUUCAGUUUCCCAUUCUAGGAACACUCUCCUUUCCUCCAGGGUCUGUUUCUGAGAGGAGAAAGCUGUGCCACGUUAGUGAGUCCACACUGCUCUCUGUAGCAUUCUGCAGCAGCAAUUGGUGCCCUUUGUGCAGUGAUGAUAAAGAAAGUGUAUGAUACAAGCAGUUUUAAAGAGCAAUUUAUGCCUAAUAAAUUGGGAAUGAUACAAAUUUCAUAGCAAUGUAUUUGUUGUGAUCAGUCUUAAUUGUUAUUUUUGUUGUUUUUUUUUUUUAAAUCCAUUGGUUUUUAGGUGUCUCUUAGUUUCCUUUACACUUCAAUUUCUUUUGAAUUCUGUCUUGUCUACUUGGCACCUCUUCUGUCCCAGCUUCUCUCUGGUCAAGAGCUACAUGGACACCUUUAUCUUUUAAAAAUCAUCCCCAAGUUCUGAGCAAAACCAGAAUUCUGUGGUUCGCUGGGGUUUUUUGAAGUAGGAGGAUGGGCAGUGAAAAAUAGGUUUCAAUUCCCCUCAUAGGGUGAAAAAACCCUCCAAAAUCUGCAGAAUCCAAAGAGGUUAAAUGGGUUUUGUGGCUCUGCCCUGCAUUUUGAUCAGCUGGGUCUGGAAGGCUGAUGGUGGCAGGUGUGGGCUGGAUGGAGGGUCUCACACAGAUUGCUGGGAUUCUGAUUCCCGUUCCUGGGGAGGACACAGGGCUCAGGGUUCCCUGGGACUGCUCUGCACCCAGGGCAGAGCUCCCAGGCCCUUCUCCUGAGGUUCCUGGGUCUCCCUCUCUGCUUUUCCAGCUCCAACACGUCCCUCGUGUGGAGGAGUCUGGGCAGCACCUGUGGAAUGCCACUAAUUACCGUGUUAAUUGGGUUCUUUUUGGUUCCCAGCAUGGUUUACAAACAAAACGCAGGAGGAAGCAGGUGCUACCUUUCUGUAACAAAUGUUCAUGUGGGGACCAGAGAUCCAAGAAUCACGGGGGCUUUUUUCCUUUGUUCCCUGAAAAACCACAGUAAAACUUUCAACCCCUUGGAAAAAGCUCUUAAUUUAGCUGGGAUGUUCAAAUGAUGUUUGUGCUAUUUGGAAGAUUUAAUACCUAAAAGCAUUCCUGGCUUUAUAUGUUCAUCCUACCUUAAAGGUAUUUUCUUUUUUCCUCAAGAAUCCAGGGUCACCUUUAGCCCGUGCUGCUAUUUUAUGUUCUGAGGAAAAACACAAAAGUAGUAUUGAAGGACUAAAAUUUGGCUCUUUGAGGAGGGACAGAGAGGAGGAGGCUGAGCAUGGAGGCACUGGCAGGCAGGUGAGCAAGUGUUCACUGAAGAGAAUUAGAGAACUGUCAUUUCCUUACAACAAAACUGUGGAAGAAUGAAAAGUGUGGGUGUGGUGUUACUAUUUGCAUUGAAACAAUGUAAUUUGUCUCUUUUAUUCUUGAUUUUUCUUUUUUUUUUUUUGGCUUUUCUUGAUUUUUUUUUUUAUUAUUAUUUCAGAAAUUGUACAGUCCUAGGGGGAAAAAAAGUCUUUUCUGUUAAUAUAUUUGCAAUUCAUGAAAGGAUGUGGAAAAAUCCAAAUAAAUUACUUUUAAAAGCA